AUGGAAAAGGCAACCAUGAUCACUGUCGGCUUAUCCACCUUCAAUUUGAAUGAUAUUUGUCUUUACAAAUAUACAAAUGGCGUUUUGACUGUUCAGUAUCUUGUUCCAAACAAACACACAAAAGUUAGGAAGGAGAUGUCUCUCAAAAUAUCUCAAGACGAGUUUAAAGAAUUCAAAACCACGGUAGACGCAUCACAUACGUACCCUUCUUUAUUCUUUUUAAUUAACCCGUUCAGUGGCACUGGAAAAGGCGUUUCCAUAUUUAAAGGUAUUGAGGAAUACCUUCAGUGUAUGGGUGUCAAAUAUGCGUAUGAAAUCACUGAACGUGAGAAUCAUGAGAGUGAAAUAAUUACAACACGAACGGAUAUUGACGACUUUGAUACAAUUGUAGUUGGCGGUGGAGAUGGUUCACUCUCAAACGUAAUUAAUUCCUCGAUGAAUCGCCCAAGCAACGAUUCACGAAUUAUUAGCCCACUUCCUUGUGGUUCAGGCAAUGGAAUUGCAUACAGUUUGUAUCACGACGACAACCCAUUGACUGCAAUGUGUCACAUUGUUUGUGGGAAAGUGACCAGAAUGGAUGGACUUAUUGUUGACCAUUUGGACAUCAACAAACAGUAUUACGGCAUUUUGGAAUUUGAAGUCUCGUACCUCUCAAGCAUCGACUUUGCAAGCGAGUGCAUCCGGUGGCUUGGGGCUUUUCGAUUUAUUUUGUGGACGUUGUGGUACUGUGUCAAACUGAUGUGCACCAAGAUGGUUGUCAAAGUGAAGAAAGUGAAGAUGGAGAAUUUUGGGAGUUGUGGUGCUCUUUGUAAAAAGUGUGUAUCAGGGUACAACGAAAACAUCACGUACGAUUACACCAAGAACAUAGCAACACAAAUCAUCAAUAGACACACAAAUCCAGACGCUGCAAAUGCGGAGUGUGAUGGGUGGGAGACACUAGCAGAUAAGUCGUUUUGCAUUCUUUUCUUGAACAACUGCAAUUUCGGAAUGCCUGGAAUUGAGUUUGCACACAACGCUCAUCGGAAUGAUGGAUUGAUGGACAAUUGGAUCUUAUCAGAGAAGAAUGCAACUCGACUGCGAUUCUUAGGGUUUUGGAUUUGUGCGGUUCUGAACGUUUUUGUACCAAAAUACGUCAGCGGCUUUGACUAUUUCAGAUCAAGUGCAAUGGCUUUGAGACUCGAGAAAGAAGAUGUUCUUGGGUUCGAUGGAGAACGACUCCCACCAGGAAAGAACUUCAAUAUCUACGUCGCACCAAGUGUUUAUCGAAUAAGAUUGUGCACGCUCUGA